UUUUUUUUUUUUCUUUUUCCUUUUUUCUUUAUUUGGUCUCACUUUCGGUCUGACGGCCUGAUAUCCACCCAGCUGAAGGGGUGUGUGCUCUGGAUGACUAUAUAAAUGGACACAAGAGUUGGGAGGUGCGCUGGCAACAGAUCUGGGAGCAACAGAAGGCAAAUCCAGGGCAGAGAAUUUAAAGGACCCUUGUGCUGAGCAACAUGGCAGAAGAUCUGCAGUUAGGAACAUGUGACCUGGAAUGCGAGCACAACAAUCGAGACCACCGGACCUCCGAGACGGGCUGCCAGCACCUCGUCAUUCGCAGGGGGCAGCCCUUCAUGGUCACCCUGCACUUCGCUGGGAGGGCGUACCAGGAAGGAGUGGACACGCUCACGUUCACCGUGGAGACAGGGCCGUGCCCCAUUGAAUCGUCAGGGACCAAAUCCCCUUUCCCCCUCUCUUGCACCCUGGAAGAAGCCACAUGGAGCUCAGCCGUGGAAAGCCAGGAUGGAGCUUCCCUGUCUGUGACCAUCUCCUCCCCUCCUGACGCCCGGAUUGGCCGCUACCGGCUGACCAUGGAUGCCUCCACAGAGCAUCAGGGCUCCAGCUUCAGCCUCGGGGAAUUCACCUUGCUCUUUAACCCGUGGUGUCCAGCGGAUUCCGUCUUUCUGGAAAACGAAGAUGAGCGCGUGGAAUACGUGCUGACUCAGCAUGGACUUAUCUACCAGGGAAUAGACAGUUACAUCUAUCCCACCCCAUGGAACUUUGGGCAGUUUGAAGAAGGGAUUCUGGACAUCUGCCUCCAGCUGCUGGACACCAAUCCCAAGUUCCUUCUCAACCAAGACAAGGACUGCUCCCGCCGGAACAGCCCCGUCUAUGUCAGCAGGGUGGUGAGCGCCAUGGUGAAUUGUAACGAUGACAAAGGCAUCCUGUAUGGGCGAUGGGUCAGCCCGUAUAGCGACGGAGUGAACCCCAUGGCUUGGAACGGGAGUGUGGACAUCCUCCAGAGGUGGCAGGAGUAUGGAUGCCAGCCGGUCCGAUAUGGGCAGUGCUGGGUUUUUGCAGCUGUGGCCUGCACAGUGCUCCGCUGCCUGGGAAUCCCCACCCGCGUGGUCACCAACUUCAGCUCGGCCCACGAUACGAAUGGCAACUUGAUUAUAGAGCAAUAUUUAGAUGAGAACUGGAGACUGCAAAAGGGAAACCGUGAACUCAUAUGGAAUUAUCACUGCUGGGUGGAGUCUUGGAUGACCCGUCCAGAUCUUUCAGGUGGAUACAAUGGCUGGCAGGCCCUGGACCCAACUCCCCAGGAGAAAAGUGAAGGUGUUUACUGCUGUGGGCCUACUCCAGUCAAAGCAGUCAAGGAAGGAGACGUGAAUCUGAAGUACGACGUAAAGUUUGUCUUUGCCGAGGUCAAUGCGGACGUGGCGUAUUUGGUGCUGCAGAGCGACAUGUCGCGGAAGAAGACCAUGUCCUCCACCUUCGUGGGCAAGAACAUCAGUACCAAGAGCGUGGGCAGAGAUGCCAAGGAAGACAUCACCCACAACUACAAGCACCGUGAAGGCUCGGAGGAAGAGAGGGCUGUGUUUGAAAAGGCCAAGCCCCAGAAGAAGGCCCCGCCCAUGGAGGAAGGCUUGAAAGUCAGGAUCAAAGGCUCUGAGGGCAUGAACAACGGCAGCGACUUCGACGUCUUUGCCGUCAUCAACAACAACACGGCCACCGAGCGCCACUGCCGCCUGAAGCUUGGCGCCCGCACAGUCACCUACAACGGGUCCCUGGGGCCGGAGUGUGGAUGCAAAGAUCUGCUCAAUGUCAAUUUGGAUCCUUAUGCAGAGAAGGUUGUCCCCUUGCGCGUCCUCUACGAGAAGUACGGUGACUGCCUGACGCAGGACAAUAUGAUCAAGGUGAUGGCUCUCCUUAUGGAACAUGAGACCAAAGAGAUGGUCCUUGGCGUCAGAGACAUCGUUGUCAAAAACCCUGAUAUCAAAGUCAGGGUCAUGGGGGAGCCGAUGCAGAAGCGCAAACUGCAGGCAGAGCUCUCGCUGACCAACCCACUGCCCACCCCGCUGAGCGGCUGCGUCUUCACCAUGGAAGGUGCCGGCCUCGUGGAAGGACAGAAGGUCAAAGAGCUUGACCGCCCCCUUGGGCCAGGCGAGGAAGCCAAAGUGAAGCUGGACUUCGUGCCUCGGCAGUCGGGCCUGCGGAAGCUGGUGGUGGAUUUCGAGAGCGACAAGCUGAAAGGGGUGAAGGGACACCGGAACGUCAUCAUUGCCCCUCUGCCCAAAUAAAGCCAGCCGUGAAAGGGCGAGGGUCGCGAGGGGCCUCCUGUUUGGCGACGGGGACAAGGCCCCCCCGCCGUGACCCAUUGAUUGCCCCUAUUGCAAUGAGCCUCCUCUUUGGCAAGACGGAUGACUCCAGUAGCAAAGGGAACCCGAGGCGGCCUUUUAAGCAAUGGCCCUUACACAGUAACCCCAAGUAGGGCAACGUACCCACAUCACCCCACACCCAACGCUAAAUGCUUCCUUUUUAGUUUUCAUCAGGGAAUGGAAAUUGGCAAUUUGGUCAUGUACGGAGUCCUUCCCCAGAUCACACGAUUUCCUUAGCUCCCAUGCAGCAGAAAUGAAGUAGAAUUCUAGGCUGCUUCAGGCUGCAGGUGGAAUACAUAAGUUUUGAGUGCUCCUCCAUUAUAUAUAUAGGCCUGUGCAAGUUCUAAAGCUCCCUGCUGGGCUAAUUUUCUAUGUGCAGGGAAAUGGUUUGCAUUGGGAAACAAUACAAAAAGUGACACCCCCACCUCAUGUUGUCUGGAGUGGUACAGUCCAUUCUCCCACUUCUGGACUUUACCACCUCAUUCCCACCUCAGGCUGUUGCAUGUAUAGGCCAGGAGAUACCAUGGGGGCUAGUGAGGGGGAGCAGGUCACUCCUUAAGGUAUCCUUCCUUGAUUUGGUAACCUCCAGCUUGGGGAGGCUGCCUUAAGGCGACUCACUUCCCUAGAAAUACUCAUUUCAGACAUGGGUGGCCCUUACUACGAGUUUUCCGUGGCCCAUUGAAAUAAUUAUGGCCUCCACGACACUUCCACACAGGGGCCACAAUGUUUCUGAGGCGUUUUGCCACCAUCAUGCAAAAGCCAUCUAAGAACCAGCACUGGUGUAUAUGGCGCCAUCUUGAAGUUGGGAACAUAGGACAGGGCCUUCUCUGUGGCAGCACCACUGCUGUGGAACUCUCUCUCUCCAAUGAUGUUAGGCUGGCCCUAUUUUUAUUCCGUUUUAGGAGGGCUGUUACAAACUUUUUUCUUCCCUGUGGCUUUUCAGCAUUUUAAGGGUGCAAUCCUAUUAGGGUGACCAUAUUUUGGAAACCAAAAAGAAGAACAACCUCAAACUUUAAAAAAAAAUCCUAAAGCUCAAUGGCUGGACAGAUCUGUUUCAAACUUGGCAUAGCUAAAGUCCUUGUUAAGAGCAAUCAUGGUGCCAAGUUUCAUCUCUUUUAUCUUUAAAAAUAACAUUAAAAAAAUUAAAUCCUCAAAUUUUAAAAAAUUCCUAAAAAUCAAUGGAUGAACAGAUCUGUUUCAAAUUUGGUAUGGCUAAAGCUCUACCUAAAAGCUAUCAUGGUGCCAAGUUUCAUGACUAUCUUAAAAAAUGACAGAGUUAUAAGCAUUUUUGUUAAUUCCCAUUAGAGCUGCUUUUUUGGGGGAAAUCCGGAUUUCCCCUCUCCCUCCCGGAUUUGUCAUCAAAAACCCGGGCAAAUCUGGGCAAAUCCGGUCAUAUGGUCACCCUAAAUCAUAUGCAUAUUUCAACAACCGAAAAUGUCCUACAAAACGUGGCUAGCUGGGGAGCGUGGGGGCUCUUUUCCGUCUAAACAUCCAUGGGAUUGCAACUUAAGUCUCUUACUCCCACACUCUGAUUUUAAGGUUUUCUUCUGCUCUCGAUUUCUGCUUGUCGGUGUUGUUUUAACGUUUAAAUGUUUUUUAAAUUGUGGAACAUUUUAAGUGUAAGACCUGGUUUGAACAUCAGCAACAACCCACGGCGAACAGACCCAUGGUUUAACCACGGGUUCAAACUCCAGGGUGUUCAUCUCCAAACACCUCUUGAGUUCUGGGUUCAGAUGCCGCAUAAACAAGCCAAGGGCGAGCUGUCCCUGGGGCGUUCGCUGCAGCGGAAGAUGGCAGGACGCAGCGCACACGGCAGCGGCUGCUCCAUUUCCGGAAACCUACGGGUUGUUGACGAUGUGCGAAACCGGUCUUUGUUUGGGCCAAAAGAGGACUCGUAUAAAUAAAUAAAGUAUUGUUGAGCCAACCCUUGUGGAAAUUCCAGUGAUCUUAGAAACACGAUUGCCUCUGUGUGGACGCUGUCCACUUUGGGACGUGGUUCUUGGCAGUCUACAGCUGGGAGCCAGAGCCUUGGGAGUGUCCCAGUGCAUCUGCACAAGGGCAUUUGGCAUUGUGGGGAGGGGCACAGAUGCUCCCCUCCUCACUGUUCCCCAAGUGGUUGUUUACAUGCUUUUCAACAGUUAACGAUUGCCGGACAUUCCUUAAGUGAAAGAAACGUCUCUAACUCCAAAACUAUCCACUAAAACCUACAGCCGCUAUCUUAUCAUGUCAGGGCUCUUGCGGUACACAGACAGAGCCGUUCCCCAGAACCCCUUGGAAUGUGUUUCUGCUAAAACCCUGAUCUUGCAUCCACCCAGCUGCCCUCGCCAGGCGAAGGCCGGGCACCGUUGUUUUGCGCGGGGCUGAGAGCUCUCCAGCCACCCUUUCCGUCGCGACUGAGAAGCACAUGGGCCUUCAGUCUUGGGUUUUUUCAGUCUGGUGGCAUCACUUCAAGAGCUGUACAGAACCUGAGCACAAAGAACAGACAGAGAGGCGCCCAGGGGAAAGCACAAAAGGAACAGAUGACCUCAAUAUUCCUUAAAUUGACUUGAAAAAUAGUGUUUAAAGUAACGAAGCGGCAUCCUAGGAGCUGCCCGCUUUUGAGCCUCUAGAUGUCAACUCUACGCAGGCGUGCUUUCUGUAAAAACUCUGACAAGUAGAACGUUUCAUGUUUAAGACGAAGCCGGAGAGGCGGUGGGCAGGCAGCCGGCAGCCGUGCCUGGGAGACAAACACAGACAUCAAAGUCAGAGAGCAGCUCGGAGCAGCCAGGGAUGCCGGCUGCAGCUGCUCGGCCCGGGUUCAACAGCUUCCCGCUUAAACCUUUUCCUUGGCUAUCUUUAAUUAUUUAGCUGUGUUUGUAACUGAAAAGGCUCUGCAGGAAAGCGAAGCGAACUUUGAGAACAAGGAAACAGCUCUCUGUCCCCCUCCAGUGCCGUUUCUGGGGAACAGAAACACCGAGACCAUUUCUGUUAGAACUGGCAAAGGUGUCGGCUUGUAGCCAUGAGGUCCUUGCCCCUCGCCAUUUCGCAAUGGACUUGGACUCUCAUGCCUUCCACAGCUGUGCGUCUGGUCAGAAGCCCACCGGGGAUGUUUUUAUCUGCAGGGGGGGAAAGAGGUUGGCACCUUUCAUGGCAAUGCUCCCCUGGCACCAGAUGCAUUGGACUACAACUCCUAUAAUCCCUAGCCUGCAGGGCCAUGGGGAGGUGUGGUCCGACACAUCUGUGGACACGCCAAAGAUGGAGCAAGAGUGCAGGGACUGGGAUAUAUGGGUGGAGCACAGCCAAGGAAGCGGAGGAGUCGAUCGUGAAAAAGUUGGACGGUCCCAGCUUCUCUAAAAGACUGGCUAUGAGGAGAGGGGUGAAAGAGGAGGAGGGAAUGCUGGGAUCAUGGCCUCAUGUGCCCCCUUUUAGCCUUGUGUGGUCUGAAGUAGGGUGACCAUAUGAAGAGGAGGACAGGGCUCCUGUAUCUUUAACAGUUGUAUUGAAAGGGGAAUUUCAGCAGGUGUCCUUUGUAUAUAUGAGGAACCUGGUAAAUUUCCUCUUCAUCACAACAGUUAAAGCUGCAGGAGCCCUGCCCUCUUUCAAAUCUGGUCACUUUAGUAUAGCUCCUGCACCUUUAACUGUUGUGAUGAAGAGGGGAUUUCACCAGGUUCUCCAUAUAUGCAAAUGACAUCUGCUGAAAUUCCCUUUUCUACGCAACUGUUAAAGAUACAGGAGCCCUGUCCUCCUUUCCAUAGGGUCACCCUAUCUGAAGUGACAUGUCCAGUUCACUAGCCGAGGUGGCUGCAGGGGCCCGACUAGUCUGCGAGGCAGAGGCGAAGGUGCUCUCUUGCUGUGGGGGGCAACAUUCCAGUCGAGAACCUCCGUCCCUCGGGGCCAAGGCUUCUAGUGUCAUCAGCCCCCCACCCUUUGCUCUCUUCUCCACUGGGAGAACAGAGGGACAUCCUUUACCGAUCUGAGCCACAAAACUCACACAAGCCCCAGUCAGUGAAGCCCCUUUCUGGUUUCAAAGUUCCCUGUUUGUCCCAAGAAGCUGCUGGGUCAUCCUGUUGCACACUGCUAAGGAACACUUUUUUAAAACAAAAACAAUUAAGCCAGCACAAGAGAAAAACGGCUGAAUAAUGUGAGCAAUAUAGUCAUGUGUGUUUGUGUAUACAAUAUAUAUAUAUUGCCGUGAUAGUAUUCCUAAGCUUGACUGUGUGCAGCCGGUUGUUUACUUGCUUUAUUUUUUAACCAACUUCUUUUGCAAAAACUGUUUUUGGAUGUUCCACUGAUGGGAAUUCACGAUGCAAAAUCACUGAAUAAAGAGUUUAUUUUUCACCUUC